GUUUGUUCCUGUACUGUUCUCUCAGUGCUCCUGAACUACCAUGAUUCUACUGCACUUAUUAUUGGCAUGGUUUAAUAUCAGGGACUGCCUACUAUUCCUCCUUGUGUUCCUACUUAUUUCUGAUAUCCUGAAGAAUAGAAAUCCACCAAAUUUUCCACCAGGACCCUGGCCAUUGCCAUUCUUGGGGAAUGUCUACAGCACUCUUGACUUUAGGACCAUUGCAAAGCUUGCUGGAGAGUAUGGCAAUGUCUUCAGUCUGAGGAAGGGCAAUGAGAAGAUUGUUUUUAUAUCAGGCUAUAAGAUGGCGAAGGAUGCUUUGGUUACACAGGGAGAAAACCUGGUUGACCGCCCAGUACUUCCUCUUUUUCAUGAAAUCUUUAAAGGGCUUGGUAUAGCUCUAAGCAAUGGACACCUGUGGAAGAGCCAGAGGAAGUUUGCAAAUAUCCACUUGAAGUAUUUUGGAGAAGGCAAGAAAACCCUGAUGACAUACAUUCAACAGGAGUGCCAGUACAUCUGCCAGGCUAUGAAAGAGGAGCAGGGGAGACCAUUUGAUCCCCAGUUUACAAUGAGCAAUGCAGUUUCCAAUGUCAUCUCUUCUGUGGUGUUUGGACAUCGUUUUGACUACAGUGACACACGUUUUCAGACUGUCCUACGUUUGGAUGCAGAAGCCAUUUUUUUAUUUGGAAGUCUACACGCGCAGCUGUACGAUGCCCUUCCACGACUUCUAAAGUACUUGCCAGGAUCCCACCAAACCAUUCUUUCAAACUAUGAUAAAAUCAUUGCUUUCAUAAACGAAGAAAUAGAGAAGCACAAGGAAGACUGGGAUCCCUCUGACCCCCGAGACUACAUUGACACCUAUUUGAGAGAAAUUAAGACGAAAAAAGAUGAUGUUGAAGCUGGCUUCAAUAUUGAGACCUUGACAUAUUGCAUUCUGGACAUGUUUGAGGCUGGGACAGAGACAAGUGCGACUACCCUGCGCUGGGGUUUUGUCUUCAUGAUGAAGAACCCAGAGAUUCAGAGGAAGGUCCAGGAUGAAAUAGACAGUGUGAUUGGCCGGUCACGACAGCCUAUCAUGGCAGACAGAGCCAACAUGCCCUACACUGAUGCUGUUAUACAUGAGAUACAGAGGAUGGGCAACAUUGUGCCAAUGGGCUUCCCCAAAAUGACCAGUAAAGAUGCAAUGUUAGGAGAACAUUUUAUACCAAAGGGUACAACCGUGCUCAUUAGUCUCUCUUCAGUGCUGAAUGAUGAACAUGAGUGGGAGACACCAGACACCUUCAACCCUGGGCACUUUCUGGAUUCUCAGGGCCAGUUUCGGAGAAGGAAAGCUUUCCUUCCUUUUUCAGCAGGUAAGAGGGUGUGUCUGGGGGAGCAGUUGGCUCAAAUGGAGCUGUUCCUCUUCUUCACCUCUCUCCUCCAGAGGUUCACCUUCUCUCCUCCCCCUGGAGUGGAGCCCAGCCUGGAGGGUCAGCUUGGGUUCACUUACUCUCCAGGGUCUUUCCAGAUGUGUGCCUUGGAUCGCUAACCCUCUAUACAGCAACAAACAGCAGCAGCAGCCAAGGAAUCAAUUGCAUGUAAUGUUGAGUUGAGAACAUCUUGACAACAAUGUAAAGUGCAGGCUCAAGUUCUAUUUUUAUGCUCUAUGAUAUUAGUCGAUCAUAUAUUGCUUGUAAAUAUCAGUUUAACAUGUUGAAUAAAGCAAUCACAUUUGUGAUCGAUUUGCACUUUGUUGUACGUCGCUCUGGAUAAGAGCGUCUGCUAAAUGCCACGUAAUGUAAUGUAAUGUAAAAAAAUGGGGCAAAGGGUGAAGGAUCACUGCUUAAAUAUGAUGUAAGAACCAGAAAUCCAGACAACAUAAGCAGUACAAUCGUAGGAAAUAUUGGCUGAAGACACCAAAAACACAUUAGUAUUGAAUAAUAUUAUCCAUAUUUCAAAUAUCUUCUUUGAUUUUCAGUGUUCAUUGAAAGAUCUUUACAGUCUAGUAAAUGUUUUAUCUAGUAUGCCACUUGUUUGCCGGAUUUAUUUGUUUCAAUAAACUGACGACAUAGACUUUGAAGUAAGACCAUAUCAGAAUAACAAAAUAAUAAAAGUAGUCUGUCUGUUUUGUCUGUAUGUACUUUGAUUAUAUUAACAUAUCCUCAUGAUUCUAUGCAUUAAGAAAUAAAUGUUCUUUACCCAUUGCUGCACUUAAAACCAUUAAAAUUAAGUCAAUGAGUA